UGAUUUCAGUUUUCAGGACAGGAAGCGGCGCCGGUGCUGGGCUUGAGCAGCAUCGGCUUCAAGAUGGCACCGGGCACGGCCAACAACGGGCGUGCAGGGGAGGCCGCUGGCGGGACGCCAAAGCUUCACCGGGAAGCCUUUGGCCGCGGCCUGCUCGGCCUCGCCGCCGCCUCCACCGCCAUAACCAUGGCCGUGCGCGAGCCGCCCCCGGGGCUCAACAAGACCGCCUACUUGCUCGCGCUGUCGGGUGCUUUCUUUGCAGGGGUGACCCAGGUGUCAGCCUCCGUCUGGGCCUCCGACGGUCCCGUCGGCCGGCGUCACGGCGCCGGGAGGAAGAAGAUCGUGUACGCCUCACUCGUCGUGUCCGCCGGCCUCGCGGUGGCCUCGCUGCUCCAGUGACUUGAGCCGCCACGGUUGUCGGCGUCUCGCUUGAGCUGGAUUUAUUUGAUGCGAGUGUCAGAGUGUGGAUGCCUUGCAUGGUCCCUGUUAUUGUCCGCUGCGUGGUUCAGUAAGCAGCGUGGCUGUAUGUGUUCUUCGGUUGUUCCAUUCCACGUAUUUUAGUUGGGUCUCUGUCAUGCUAGUCUCGGUUUAUACUAUUCCAAUUGCCGAAUGAGUUCUAGAGUCCAGUGUAUCACCCAUCUUGUUGCACUAAAGUACUGUAAAAUUCGUUAUUUGCCCUGUUACUGGACUACUGGUCCAAACACGAGUCACUACAUUUUCUCGA